AUGUUUAACCUACAACAAUACACAGAUAUCACCUUUCGUUUACCAGUUCAAUGUGUCUGGCUAAAGCUGAAUGGCUCUUGGCCAUUUUGGCCUUCCUCCAGGAAGGAUAGCAACUCAAUGUAUUAUUUAAUUUACACCGCAUGGGCUUGGUACGUCAUAUCAUCCGUUGGCAUAACGAUCGGGUUUCAAACCGCAUAUUUGGUAACUCAUUUUUCGGAUAUUAUUAUGACUACGGAAAAUUGUUGCACCACAUUCAUGGGCGCCCUAAACUUUGUGAGAUUGCUUCAUUUACGUCUCAACCAGCGAAAAUUUCGGAAAUUAAUUGAUCAAUUUGGCCGCGAUAUUUGGAUUUCAGAAAACACCCACUCCAGUGUUAACGCCGAGUGCCAUAGGCGUAUGUUCACCUUUAGCAUCAUGACAGGUCUGCUUUCUUGUCUAAUAUGCAUGUACUGCGCCCUUCCGUUGGUGGAACUUUUCUUUCGUACAGGAGUAGAUGCAGUUGAGAAACCAUUUCCCUAUAAAAUGCUGUUCCCGUUCGAUCCGUACAGCAGUUGGAUGCGUUAUGUGCUCACCUACAUGUUUACAUCGUAUGCCGGAAUAUGUGUGGUGACCACAUUGUUUGCCGAAGAUUCACUUUUUGGUUUUUUCAUAACUUACACCUGUGGACAGUUUCGAUUGCUGCAUGAGCGUGUCGACAACGUAUGGACUGCGGCUAAAGAAAGAGCUGAAAUCACCGAUAACGAGCAACAUUUGCAGCUUCAGCGACUGCACAAAAUUGUUCAACAGCACAACAAAAUAAUCAGAUUCGCCAAGUGUUUGGAGGACUUUUUUAAUCCCAUACUCUUGGUGAAUCUAAUGAUUUCAUCGCUUUUAAUUUGCAUGGUUGGCUUUCAAAUAAUUACUGGAAAGAAUAUGUUCAUUGGAGAGUACGUAAAAUUUAUUGUAUACAUAUCCUCCGCGAUUUCUCAGUUAUAUGUGCUUUGUGAAAAUGGAGAUGCGUUAAUUAUACACUCCACAACUACAGCAUGGCACCUUUAUGGUUGUGAAUGGGAGGAUCCAAACAAGACCAAUUUUUAUUCAUACGCUGCCAUUAGUCAGCAGUUCCGUAAUGACUUAAGAUUUAUGAUACUCUGUAGUCAACGACCAGUCAGAAUAACGGCGUUUAAAUUUUCCACUCUGUCUCUUCAAAGCUUCACGGCGAUUUUAAGUACAUCAAUGAGCUAUUUCACAUUAUUGCGGUCGCUUUACUACGAAGACCAAUUGUAA